GGCGCUCGUGACGUGACGUGGCCCCCAUAGCAACAAGGCAGACGGAUAAUGGUGGUCCAGUGCAGCACAGCAGAAGCGGGCCGUCCAUGUCACCGGUAAGCCUCGUCAGUUUGUUGCUUGGAGGUACGGGGGCCCUGGGGCUGCUAUGACCACAAAGGAAGGCCCCACGAUGCCCCUGUCGCGUACGCGAUCCCUCAUCGCCAACAUGAAUGGAUCGGCGCCAUCGGAGACUGGAUACUUCACGGAGAAGAAUAACAAUAACAACACGAGUAGCUUGCUCUUACCUCCCAUCAAGAGCCAGACGAUCGCCGGCUUCAAGAUUCAAUCCAGUGUGAACAAGUUGUUCGAAGUGGAGGCACAGAAUGGCGAUUCCGCGGAUAACAAGAAUGGGAAAACAUUGGUUGCGACGCCGGAGCAGGUGAUGAAGCUGUAUAUGCACAAGUUGACGCCGUACGAACACCAUGAGAUAUUUAACUACCCAGAAAUCUAUUUCAUCGGAGCUAACGCUAAGAAACGUCAGGGCAUCCUGGGCACUCCAAACAACUGUGGCUACGACGACGACCAAGGAUCUUACAUGCACGUGGCCCACGACCACAUCGGGUAUCGCUUCGAAAUGCUCAAGGUGAUUGGUAAAGGGAGUUUCGGCCAAGUAGUGAAAGCGUAUGACCACAAGAACCACCAGCACGUCGCUCUCAAGAUGGUUCGUAACGAGAAGCGUUUCCAUCGGCAGGCUCAGGAAGAGAUCCGCAUUCUGGACCACCUCCGCAAGCAGGAUCGCGACAAUACGAUGAAUAUGAUACAUAUGCUGGAACACUUCACCUUUCGCAGUCACACCUGCAUCACAUUUGAACUGCUCAGCAUCAACCUCUAUGAACUCAUCAAAAAGAACAAGUUCCAGGGUUUCUCUCUUCAGCUCGUGCGAAAGUUUGCCCACUCCCUCCUUCAGUGCUUGGACGCUUUGCACCGGAACCGCAUCAUACACUGCGAUCUGAAACCCGAAAAUGUUCUACUCAAGCAGCAGGGACGAUCUGGUAUAAAAGUAAUCGACUUUGGUUCGUCGUGCUUCGAACAUCAACGUGUAUAUACUUAUAUUCAGUCACGGUUUUAUCGAGCUCCCGAAGUGAUAUUAGGUGCCAAGUACGGCAUGCCUAUUGACAUGUGGAGCUUAGGUUGCAUUUUGGCCGAGCUUCUCACGGGCUACCCGCUUUUACCGGGCGAAGACGAAGCCGACCAGCUUGCUUGUAUUAUGGAAUUACUAGGAUCUCCACCGCAGAAGCUGCUGGACCAGUCGAAACGGGCCAAGAACUUCAUUAGUUCCAAAGGCUAUCCGCGGUACUGCACUGUCACUACGCUACCCGACGGUUCAGUCGUGCUUGGGGCUGGACGUUCUCGACGGGGCAAACUUCGCGGCCCUCCCGGAUCAAAAGCGUGGACGACUGCUUUGAAAGGUUGCGACGAUCCUUUGUUCAUCGACUUUCUCAAGCGUUGCCUCGAGUGGGACCCUGCGGCCCGCAUGACGCCCAGCGCUGCGCUAAGGCACGCGUGGUUACGACGUCGUCUGCCACGAACGCCGCAGACGACGACGACUUCCAGUGACUCGACGCAGCGGUCGGUGCCUUCGUCACGUUCCGCGGUCUUCAAGGCGAACACAGCGGCCAAGGCGAACCGACUCGGGGACGAACUUGCAUCCACGUUAAAGUUGCCGCAGAUAUCCGGCAAUCCGGUUUCGUGACGCGGGCAGCUCGGCGGAGUUCAAAAUUGACAAUCGCCACUUCACAGUGGACACUUGUUUCAGGAACCUUCCUUUUGUGGAUACCACGGCUCGAUCCCAUAUUCCGGAUUAUCCGAUCCCUGGCUGGAUGGAUUUCGUGCCGGAUUAUCUCAGCUCUGUGCGUGUUUGUGCGUGAGAGAUGUAUACGCAAACACAAAACAAAAAAAAGUCGUGGUGACGAGUAGGUUUUCUGUUUAAAGAAAGAGAGGCCGUGAACCUCAAAAGCCAGCGGGAUAUCUGGAUUACUACUCCAUGUGGACGGUGGCAAGUCUCAAUACAGAAAUUCUCUCAGAAACCUUUUACGAUGUCAUAGUCAACCAGUGCGUUAUGAAAGUAGUACCAGCUUUGGUAACGCAUUUUUCUUGUUCCUCUUAUCCUCUUCAGUGUCCCUAUUAUUUUGGUCCCUUCACCCCUUUAUUGGGUGGAGGGAAUCGGUUUUUCGUUUCUUUUUUUUUUUCUUCAUGAGAAUCAUAAUUUAUGAAUGAGUGACUUAGUUAUGACUAAUAGGUUGUCCUGCCACUUUUUCUGCUUUCAGUGUGUGUGUGUUUUACUAUUUUCAAUGGGGAAUGGGUCGUUUUCGAGAAUAAUUGUGCCGAUCUGUGAUAUUUUAAUGGAUCUUUACUCUUUUAUCAUCUCUUGGCAACACCUUUUUUUAAACUCUACAAGCAGUUCUGCUGUGAUCUCUUAACGUGUCCAGUCGUCUGCCAAGAGGCAAGGAAUAAAUGCGAUUGGUUUUAGCUAUUUGCAAAAUUGACAACUAGUUCACGCAGGGACGUAAAACUUAAUUUUGAGGACACAUUUGUUAGUUUUAAGCCUAACUCUUUAACAGAUAAAAAUCAAGUUUCCACCACUUUGUGAUGUGUUCCUGGUUAGAAAGUGGCUGUCAGGGUAUUAAAAAAAAAAAAGAAAGGUUGUAGUUCUAAAGUUAGAUCUGGGCAUGACAAUGUGCAAGUUUCAGACAGGAGACGGUAUGGAAUAAUGUGACAGUCGAUCUGGCAUACACAGUAAGGAUAAGUGCAGGAUUCUAGGGUCGUAGGGAUAAUGUUGAUAUCUGGCUGGUCUGUUUCAAAAUUGUGAGUUUUUUUCUUUUAUACCCUGUUGUUGUAGCCAACUGUAAGACUGGCAUGCCUCGAGAUAUAGCAAGACCUUAGGAUCGAUGGAGUGUAUGGGCAGAAUACAUUGUGGUACAGUGUUUGCACAGCACAAUCACUGAGCUAGGAUGACUCGAACAGUGUUCAGAACACCUGUUCUGAAGUCUGGGGUAUUGCAUGCCAUUCUAAGGCUGGCCACUACCACACCAGUGGUAUGUAACUUUGUGUGGUAAAUUCUACCAAAGAACAAAGAGGUCCAAGGUUUGGCCAUUGUGUUCAAGUAACUACUGCCAUUACAUUAUAGUUACUCCUACGAGGGAACUUUUUUCUUUAGCCGAAAUGUUUUUUGUGGAUUUUACUUUGAAGUCGCAAUGCAAUAUUAUUUGAGAAUGUGCUGGUCUGUGCACACCGUCAGUCACAUGCAAGUUUGUCUUUGUGUCUUAUGGAUAUCCUAUAAUCUCUCUGUGGUGUGACAGGACAUUUUUUGAAGUGUUAAUGUCGAGUGUGUCGGUGAAGCAGCAUCGUUAAAAAAAAAGUGUGUAAUCAGUGCUGCUGGUAAAGACAGCAGCUGUACAGUGCAGGAGCAGAGCCAAAACGUUACGUAGAAGUAGUGGAACCGCUGAAGAAGAAGGAAGGUCAAAAUUCGUUUCUGAAGAUCAAGUUUUAAAUUGCAAAUCAGUUUGCGUACACAUGUAUAAUGAUCUUAAGCUGAUAAGUCUUGCCUGUCCAAUGGCAGCAUUCGAUAGCGACAAUGUCGUAGCACAACUGGAGGGACUGUUCUAGACAGACCUAUCUAGUGGACUUAUGGCAUUUGUGUCCCAAGCAGUAUGGUAUGUAAAUAGUUAUCCUUAAAUGAUGUGCAGGGUGCUCCAAGGAAAGUCCACUGCCAGGAGGGUGAAGGACAGUACUGUCCUUCAAUUCCAAAGAGAGGUGCUGCCAGUAGUCUCGAGAUGGAAAUAAAUUAAUGCUGGGGGGGUCACGACUUGUUGAAGAAAAGUGAUAUGAUAUGACAUGACAGUGUGUAUUGCACAGCUUUUUUUUUCUUGGUAGAAUCAAAGUGUCUGCUGUAGCAGGCAUCGCUGACCUUGCCUGCACUAGCAGCGCGUAAAAAUUGUAAAGUAUUAUAAAUGUCUAAUGUUUUUUUUUUAAAUGAUAGGUUUUGUACUCUUUACAAUCAUGUAUCUCUUGGGAACAUUAUAAAGCAUCCCGUGUAAGGCAAGUUAAUCUUCUGAGGAACCAAUAGCAUUGAUGUGAUGAACCAAUAGCUAGGUAUGCCCUUUGAUUAAGCCAUAACAUUCUAUGACCAAGGGUUGUCCAGAGAAACGCAUCUUUCUCUAUUACCAUUUUGUCGAGAAUAUUCGAAGUCAGGUAGUACUGUUCCAGUUGCCACGCACAGAACAUGCCUUGAUCAUAAGCACACACAAAAAAAAGAGAGAGAGAAAAGGGCUCCAAAUGUUUUAGAAUUUUUUUUCUUCUUCUUCCUCUUCUGUUAUAGCGUUUGAGCAAAACUGUGAAUGUAAAUCCACAAAAUAAUGUGCCGUGUGUAAAUACCUACCUUUGCACUACAUUGUGUAGCGAGUCUACGACACUACAGAGUCUCGCGGAAAGCUUGUGUCCACGAAAUCCUCAUCUUACUAGCUGUAGCCUAACAAGUAGUCUGUUGAACAGCCUAGCAGCUUCUUCUCAUGUGUUGCAUGACGGGGGAACCAGUUGCCCUGUUUGGCCAAUCUCUCCUUUUCACUAGCCAGUGUUGAACAGAGUCUGCGUAGGUGAUCAAACUGUGCUAGUAGCUAGUCGCUUGGGACUGUCUUCCAAGAACAUAUUUUUGUAAGAAAAUGGUAGCUCACAGAGUUCAGUGUCUGAACGCCUGUUCAGCGCGAUCCCCGUAGCUUGUUUUGAGAAAAAAUACUAAUGUUCAGUGCCACUUAACAAAACAAAAAAAUCUCCCUUGUUGUUCUGGUGCUACUCAAGAACAAAGAAGAAGUGAGAUCAACUCAUGUUGGAAGGGACGCUGGACUUUGUGGUGUUUGGAACAGACGUGCGUCGUUCAAAGUCAUCCAGCCUUAAAUGCAAGGUGUGCGGGACCUGUGUGAACAUGAACAUGGACAACCGUGUGAAGGGAUUUGCCUGCAUUCCCUCGUGCAGCUAACUGUUGCGAGAGAACACAGGACUUUUUUCUCUUUUGUACAGCUGUGUAUCGUGGUGGCAUAUGUGUGUGUGUGUGCGUUUAACGUGUCCUAGUGUGACGGGCCACGUAAGUUUGUAAUGCAGUUCUCGUGAGACGACUAACGGUGUACAUAGUCGAACUGGAAUUAAAUGACAAAAUGACUUUUA